AUGUCGCCGCUGUUUGAUCUGACGGGCGAGACGGCUGUGGUGACAGGAGCGACGCGCGGCAUCGGCCAAUCGAUUGCGCUGGGCCUCGCCGAAGCCGGCGCCGACAUUGUGCUGAUCCAGCGGGACGACGGACAGACGGCCACACGCGACGCGAUCGUGGCGCUGGGCCGGUCGGUGGCCAUCUACACGGCGGACCUGUCGAGCAAAGCAGACGUGCAGGGACUGGCGGCCAAGGUGUUUGCGGGCGAGAAGGCAGCUGGGGCUGUCCGGCCACCGAUCCGCAUCCUGGUCAACUGUGCCGGCAUCCAGCGGCGACAUGACGCGCGCGCUUUUCCGGACGACGACUUUGACGAGGUGCUGCAGGUCAAUCUCGGCACCGUCUUCACGCUGAGCCGUGACUUUGGCGCCGCCUUCCUCGACCUGCCGCCAUCGCCGACGUCUGGCCGUCGCGGCAGCAUCAUCAACAUCGCCUCGCUGCUCUCCUUUCAAGGCGGCUUCCGCGUUCCGGCCUAUGCGGCCUCCAAGGGCGCCGUGGCCCAGCUAACCAAGAGCCUGGCCAACGAGUGGACCGGUCAGGGCGUCACCGUCAACGCCAUCGCACCCGGCUACAUCGCCACCGACAUGAAUGAGGCCCUCAUCAAAGACGAGGCCCGCCAGCGCGACAUCCUCAUUCGCAUCCCCGCCGGCCGCUGGGGUAGACCUGACGACUUCAAGGGGCCGUCCGUCUUCCUGGCCUCCAAGGCCGCCGAGUACGUCAGCGGCCACGUCCUCGUUGUGGAUGGCGGCUGGAUGGGGCGGUAG